AUGUCUAAAUACUCACAAGAAAGAGAAUACAUUCACAUUAAUGAAGAUGAAGAUGGAGAGGAAGAUGAUCUCUGUAUCAGCAUUGAGGGCUUUCAUGGAGAAACCCUAAUUAGAUCUCCAAUGCAGAAUGAGAAGCAGAUAUCAGUAGAUCCAAUAUCACUUAGGUAUGGAGGUCCUCCUUUGUUGAUACCAACUGAUAAUUCUUCCUUCACAGAUAUCACUAUUCCCCUCUACCCACCACCACUUCCACCUUCAAAGCACAAGUCUGUAAGUGCCAGUCUCCCUGGUUCCACUACAGCCUCACCUCGUUCUUCUACUGGUCUGCCUCAGUCCAAGAAUGUCAAGAAAUGGAAAAACCAAGCUCAGCAAACUCUGGGUCUCUCUAGAUUUGCUACAGAAAAUCUAUUUUCUAGAAGCAAGUCUUUUGGGGAGGGACGAGCUUCUGCUCCAUCUGAUGAAUUUGAUUUUUUCUCUAGAAAACUAUGUAGUCGUGAAUUUGGAUCCCAUCUUCAUGUGGGGACUGUCCCCACAUGGGAUUCCACUACUCAUGGGGUAUGUCAUCAGAAUGAAAUUGAUGAAGAAAAUGGCUACCCAGAAUAUAAACACGAUUAUGUUAGUGGUAAGAAGGGUAGAGAUCACCAUCCAAGAAAUAAGGAUGAGAUAGACAUUUUCAAAUGUGGGAAAUGUCUAUUCUUGCCAGCCUUUGGUAGAGGAGGGGCAAAGCCAGUGAGAGCAAGAAAGGAUGAAGCAGGAGAAGUACCAGUAGUAGUGGAGAGAAAUGUGAUCUCAAGAUCAGUUUCUUUAGAGAAAUUUGAAUGUGGGUCAUGGACUUCAUCAGCUAUAAUGAAUGAAGAUGAUGGUGAUCGUGAAUCUAUUCAUCAUCUCUAUUUUGAUCUGCCAUUAGAGUUGAUUCAAAACUGUGGAAACGACGCGAAUUCUCCGGUUACGACGGCAUUCCUCUUCGACAGUGAUCGGAGUGGAGCCAUUGCAAGGAAUAAUAUUAACCCAAAGGAAUCAUCUCGCCAUGUUAGAUUUUCUUCCACUGGUUCAUCAGGUUCUUGCAUUACACCACGUUUACGCAAGGCAAGAGAUGACUUCAAUGCAUUCUUACAAGCACAGAAUGCUUAG